AGGGAGUGGAUGAAGGGCUGCCUGUUAAAUUGUAGAGAUUAGGUUCUGAAAACGGGGCUCAGAACAAUGGCUAUAGAACUUCACUCACUUACUUUUCUUCUCUUUAGGACAUCCUCCUGUCACACCCAAUCUCUCAGUGUAUCCAGGCACUACUGUGUCCUCAGGAGAGAAUGUGACCCUGCUGUGUCAAUCAUCAGUCCCAGUGGACACAUUCUUUCUGUUCAAGGAAGGUGCAGCCCAUCCCUACAUGCAACAAAGAACAAAGUCUCAAGAUCUACAAUAUGAGGCAGAAUUCUUCAUGAGUGCUGUGACCUCAGCCUUUGGGGGCUCUUACAUAUGCUUUGGUUCUAACAGCUCAUCCCCUUACCUGCUGUCACAUGCCAGUGUUCCUGUGGAGAUCAUAGUCUCAGAACUGGAAGGAUACCAAAAGGCUGUGAUUGGUGUCUCUGUGGCCUUCUUCCUCCUGCUCUUCCUCCUCGUCCUCUUCCUUUUCCUCAGACUCAGGCAUCAGAAGAACUACAGGAAGGGGGUUCAGACAAAGACUGACUUGCAACAUCCUGCAGACUCAGCGAACAAGGGCAAAAGCUUCCAGAAGAGAUCCACACCAGCUCCUGCCAUCCAGGAAGAAAUCUUGUAUGCUACUGUGAAGGUCACACAGCCUGCAGAUAGCAUGGAGCUGGAGGUCCUGAGCCAACAUGAGGAAGUCCCCUCCAAAGACUUGUAUGCCCAGGUGAAGCCCUCAAGACUCAGAAGGACAGAGAUCACCUCUUCUUCUCUCAUGCCAAAGGAAUUAUUGGCCUUAAAUGACACACAGUCAAAAGCAAAUCAAGUGAUAGAUGAGCAGGCUGCUACAACAGAGGAGCCACAUGAUGUGACCUAUGCCCAGCUGUGCAUAGUGACCCCGAGACAGGGACAUGUGAACCUCCCACCUUCCAGGCAGAAAAGUCCAACCUGAGAAUAUACUCUGGCCUCUACCAAUCCAUGGAGAUCCACACUCUGCAUUCUGUGGGAGAGGGAGGAUUCAGGGAUACCAGAAAACAAGAUCUGUCUCAGGUGCAUAGUCAUAGCACAGACAUGACCAGUCUCUAGGAAAUCCUGAGAAAUUUGAGGACUCUGAUUCUGUUGUACCUGCAUUUUAUAAAAAAGGCAAAUGCUUUGUUAGUGACCAAUGCAUAAAGUGAGGAAAGAAGAAAGGAAUGAAGAAAGUUUCGUUUUUUGUGUUGUCUUUUAAUUUUCAUUUUUGAGAUUCCACUAUAAUUACAGCAUUUUUCUUUUCCCUUCCUUCCUUCCAGACAUUUCCAUAGAUCCUUCUCUACUCUCCUUCAAAUUCAAGACCUCUUUUUUCAUUGUUAACACAUGUGCAUAUGAAGAUGCAUGUAAAACAUUUUAAACAUUUUUACCCUGAAUAUAUACCUUCUGUCAAUUAUGUCUCGAUAAAGCUGAAAUUUAAAUGAUGAAGUCACCUUAAUAUAAUGUAGCAUGAACCAGAAUAAUUCAGAACUGAUCUAAACAAGCAUGAGUAAGGGUCCAGAAAAUUGAGGAGUUGAGUGGGAAGACCUAGUCUAAGUUGCUUACAAUGCUCUACCUGUUUACUUAGAUAAUAUUAUAUCA